GUAUAAAAAGAAAGAGAGACAUAGAGAGAGGUAGAUAGAGAUAAAGAGAGAGGUAGAUAGAGAGAUAGCGAGAGAGAGAGUGAGAGAGAUAGAGGGAGAGAGAGAGAGGUGGGCACAGUGACAUCAGCGCGUGCAGCAUCCCAGCCUCUCCUCAGUGAAGGCUAAGCUAACGCUAGGUCCGAGUCCACGCCCAGUACCAGCGCCGCCGCUGCUGCUGCUGCUUCACCAUGAGGGACCAGAUCGUGUAAAGAUGUCAAACUCGGUGGCCUCCUAUGACCAGCUGGUGCGGCAGGUGGAGGAUCUCCGCAAGGAGAACUCCCACCUGCGUCGCGAGCUGGAGGACAACUCGCACCACCUGUCCAAGCUGGAGAAUGAGACCUCCGACAUGAAGGAGGUUCUAAAGCAGCUUCAGAGCAAACUGGAGCAGGAGGCCUGCACUCUCGCCUCUUCAGGGAGAGCUGAUGUGCUCGACCAGCUCAAAGAGUUGCACAUGGACUUGACCAACUAUUAUGAGCUCAAGUACCAGCCUCACAACCUGCGUGCGUUCUCUGAGACCAUGACCAGUCAGGUAGGCGACGCGGACGACAGGACGCCUGUGCCUCCAGCCAGCAUCAGCAGGUCCAGGAGCCCUGUCUGUUUAUCGUCCCGUCAGAGCUCGUCUGUGUCCGGGGAGGGCACGGCCGUACACCCUAGCGGCCACCUCCACCCGGCCAUGGGGGCAGAGGGCCGUGUCACUGCUCAGCAUUUAGAGGAUCUCUGCAAGGAGAGGACGAUGCUGCUGAGUGAAAUUAAGAAGGAGGAGACAGAGCGGCGUUGGUAUUAUUCUCAGCUGCAGGGACUCUCACAGAGGCUGGCUGAGUUGCCCCGGAUUGACACAUUCUCCAUUCAAAUGGACCUUAUUCGGCAGCAGUUAGAAUUUGAGGCCCAGCAGCUACGCUCGGUCAUGGAGGAACGGUUUGGUACCAGUGAUGAAAUGGUACAGAGAACACAGAUCCGUGUGGCUCGUCUAGAGCAGCUUGAGAAAGAGCUACAAGAGGCUCAUGGUUCUCGUGGUCCACAGGAGAAGAACACCCAAUCAGAGAGUCAGAGUGCUGACUGCAUCUCCAAAGCAUCUAACAACCCUGAGCAGGAUAAUGGAGCUGGCAGUAGCUCUAUGAUGGAGGCACCCGGAGAAGCAGGGAGCAAAGUGGAGAUGGUGUUCUGGCUGCUGUCUAUGCUGGCCUCCAGAGAUCGGGAGGAGAUGUCCCGUACCUUGUUAGCCAUGUCCAGCUCGCAGGAAAGCUGCAUUGCAAUGCGCAAGUCUGGCUGUGUUCCCUUGCUGGUGCAAAUACUGCAUGACGGAGGACCCGGAGAGACUCAAGGAGCCACAGGCUGUAGCCGCGAGGCGAGAUCCAGAGCUAGCGCUGCUCUGCACAACAUUGUGUACUCGCAGCCUGAUGAGGGCCAGGCUCGGCGUGAGAUGAGGGUACUGCACGUGCUGGAACAGAUCCGCUCACAUUGUGAGAAUGGUUGGGACUGGAUUGAGAACCACACUGGAACCCCAUCCCCUGGUGGUACUAAGAAUGACAUCCCAGAGCCAGUAGAUCCUCAGAUUUGCCAGGCCAUGUGUGCCAUCAUGAAGCUUUCCUUUGAGGAGGAAUACCGAAGGGCCAUGAACGAACUUGGUGGUCUUCAUGUCAUUGCAGAGCUCAUGCAGUUGGAACAGGAGCUGUACGGCAUGCAGAAUGAACCCAUGAAUAUGGCCCUGCGAAGAUAUGCUGGCAUGGCACUCACCAAUCUCACUUAUGGAGAUGUUGUGAAUAAGGCCACACUUUGCACGAAGAAGAGCUGCCUUCAAGCCAUUGUUGCCCAGCUUUCAUCUGAUAGUGAGGAAUUACAUCAGGUGGUCUCAAGCAUUCUUAGGAACCUUUCAUGGCGAGCUGAUAUCAACAGCAAGAGAGCUCUCCGUGACGUUGGCAGUGUGUCAGGACUAAUGGCGUGUGCACUUCAGGCCACAAAGGAAUCCACUUUAAAAAGUGUGCUGAGUGCUUUAUGGAAUUUGUCAGCACAUAGCACUGAGAAUAAAGUGGCGAUUUGCUCUGUUGAUGGUGCUCUUGGGUUUCUGGUCAGUACCCUUACCUACCGGUGUCAAACCAACUCGCUGGCAAUCAUUGAAAGCGGUGGGGGAAUUCUACGCAACGUGUCCAGCCUUGUUGCUACCAGAGAAGAUUACAGACAAGUCCUCAGGGAUCACAACUGCCUCCAGACUUUGCUACAGCACCUGCGAUCUCACAGUCUAACCAUUGUGAGCAACGCCUGUGGAACCCUCUGGAAUCUGUCUGCUCGAAGUCCAAAGGACCAAGAACUACUAUGGGACCUAGGAGCUGUGAGCAUGCUACGCAAUCUCAUCCACUCAAAGCACAAAAUGAUAGCCAUGGGAAGUGCUGCAGCGCUGAGGAACCUCCUCACAAACCGCCCACUCAAGUAUAAAGAUACUGCUGUUGUAUCUCCAGGCUCCUGCAUGCCCUCACUCUAUAUGAGGAAACAGAAAGCCUUAGAGGCCGAAUUGGAUGCAAAACACCUGGCGGAAACUUUCGAUUCACUUGAGAAGCAAAGCCCCAAGCAUUUGAAUAUUAACAAACCCCUACGACACAUAGAGAGCCUGGCCAAGGACUACGCCUCAGACUCUGGUUGCUUCGAUGAUGACGAGGCCCCGAACGUUUCGAGUAGCUUAGACACAGGAACAUUCUCCAUGCUCUCUAUGUUCUUGAACAACUCCAACUUCCUUCAUAAUCAGCCUCGCAAACGAGAGAGUGACCCAGAGCAAGAUGUGGGUCCGGUACCAACAGAGGAUAAAAAGACACAACCUCCUGAAGAUGAAGUGACGGUUGCGGCUGAAAAGUUAGCCAAAAAGAUCACCAACACUGUGGCGAAAAUCGACAAGCUGGUGGAAGAUAUUACCAUGCACACUUCUUCGGAGGACAGCUUCAGUCUCAGUUCUGAGGACCAUUUCGCAGACUGGAAUUAUGGGCCUGACGAUCUUCAUGAAGCACGAGCCAAGUCAUGUUCCCCUUGUGGACUUUCUGAUACCAUCCCUUUUCCUCUGAAAGAACGUUUCAGCAAAGCUCAUGCCCUCAUACGACUUAAAACAGCCAACUCAAGCUUGUCUAAUGACAGCCUUAACAGUGGCAGCACUAGUGAUGGCUAUUGUGGGAGCAAAGACCAAAUUCGACCUUCUAUGAGGCCAGCAGAACAGAAACGUCCAAACAAGCUCGAACUUAAAGUCGCUCAUGAGGAGCUGCUCAAUAGUGGUGCCACUGUUUCCAAAGUAAUCUGCCAGAAUGAGAUACCGGAGAGAGAUUCUGACCCAGCAAAAGAAAUCAAAUUGCCAGAUCAAGGCAGCACAGAUGAAGAGAAAAGUCAAGAACCUCUUGUUGCAACACCGGCAACUGUGUCGACCAGGGUAUCUUCCGAUACUAGCGUACCAACCAUCAAGCUCUCUCCCUCCUAUCAGCAUGUUCCACUGAUCCAGAGUGUUGCCAGGUUUGGUGUCGCAAAGACUGCUAUUGAUGUCCAGGCAGCUCAGGGAAUGAGAAGACAGGCCUGGGUCCCAACUGUGAUGACUGGCGGAAGUAUUAGCAAAUUCUCAGUAUGCUCUGCAAGAAGCCCAACAAUAGGCCAGCUGGAGACACCACAGAAGUAUUCAGUGGAAAACACACCAAUCUGCUUCUCGCGCUGCAGUUCUUUGUCCUCCCUUUCUUCAGGCGAUGGGGCUCUCGAUGGCCAAAGCCAAAGUGAAAACGAGCUGGAGAGUGACUCCUCUCUUGAAAUUAUUGAAGUGGAAGAUGGUGAUGUAGUGAGGAAGCUAGACGAGGAUGAGACACUCGAGGAUCUGAGUGACAGCCAGUUGCUUAUGACAGACCAGAAAACCUGUCCCACAAGUAGCAGUACUUCUGAACCCAUUCAAAUUCCCUGCUCUUUAAGACAUGAAAAGACAUUCCUUAGAACAGCAUCACCGCUCAUAAAUGAAGACAGAUCCCCAUCCAGCUCCUCAGACAACUACAUUCACGAGACACCACUUGUGAUGAGUCGUUGUAGCUCUGUAAGUUCUCUGGGCAGCUUUGAGUCCCCUUCAAUCGCCAGUUCUAUUCAAAGUGAUCCUUGCAGUGAAAUGAUUAGCGGAACUGUGAGCCCGAGUGAUCUCCCAGACAGCCCAGGGCAAACCAUGCCACCAAGUCGCAGUAAAACACCAUGCUGUGCUGAAUCUAAUGGACCGGAGCAGCAGAAUCUUGGAGGUGUUGCAGGCCAAUGGGAAAACAGCCUGCGAAAGUUCAUGGAAAUUGCAGACUUCAAGGAAAGGUUCAACUUGCCCCCAGACCUGGACACAAUGAUCUAUUUCACUGUUGAAAAACCAAUCGAGAAUUUUUCCUGUGCCUCCAGCCUGAGCGCUCUUCCUCUGCAUGAGCACUACGUUCAGAAAGAUGUGGAACUCAAACUUACUCCUUUGCUAAAUCAACAAGACAACGACCCGGAUGCUGAUGCCGAUGAUCCAUCAUGUAUGGAUCAGGAUCAGUACAGUGAAGGCAACUCAGACGAUGACAUUGAAAUCCUCAAAGAGUGCAUCAACUCAGCCAUGCCUUCCAGAUUUAAGAAAGUAAGACCCACUAUAAUGUCAGCCCUAAACACUCAAUCUCGAAGAUCUGUGCAAUUACCAGUGUACAUGGUGCUCCAGAAUAAUAACAAUCAGAUUUGCUCUGGCCGGAAAGUCGGAAUGUGUGUGAAGGAUAUUCAUCAUGACGAUUCUUCUUACACUGAUUCGGCUGAAGGUACUCCAAUGUAUUUCUCGAGCACCACUUCUUUAAGCGAUGAGACUCUUCAGUACCCAGUCAAGAUGAAGGGGUCAAGAGACUGGCGCUCCAGAAACAAAGAGACGCAGGAACUUAUUGAUAUAGAGGCGAGGAGAAUUGAAGAACUGCGUCUCUUCUCUCGCUUCCAUAAAUCAACGAAAAUGGGAUGCAAUUCUGAUAUAGUAACGAACCAAACAAACCAAAUGAACAAAACCAUGAAACAAAUGACUCCUACUCAAAGGCUGCUUGUACAAAGUAGGGAAAUGGCAGCGAAGAUGACUCAGCAAAGAGUACAAAGCCAGUCACCAGUCCGACAAAUACAGAAGCAAGGACAGAGUCUGUCGCAAAGUAUGCCGCACUUAGAUUUUCCCAUCAGAAAACAAGGCACAGAUUUGUAUCAAAAUCAGAAGACGUACUCCAGAAAUAACACACAGGAAAAGGCAGCUUUGCAGAAAUUGCGGCGCCCAGCAGCCACAGAGGAAGCCACCUACUGCUUGUACGACAAUGAAAUUGAUAUAGAGAGUGGAAUGAUGGCAAGGGUAACGACAAGGCAGAAACAGCUUAACGAUUCAAGCAAGAAUAACCCAGUGCUCCACUAUGCGAACCCACAAGGUCGCAUUGACAAUUUUCACAGGAACGCACUUUACAGAAUCAAACAAAACCUGAUUAUGGAAGAAGCUCCCCCGUGUUACUCCCUCAGCUCAUCUCUCAGUUCUCUGAGUGAUGCAGAUUUUGAGGAACACCAAGGGAAAGCUCAGCGUGUAUGGCUGAGAAAUAAACACAAUUUGAUGUCCAAUCCAGGUCAGUGUCUCCCAAAAGCUCAACACGCUCAAAGCCAGUUUGAAGAUAACAGCUCACCAAGUUCAGUCAGCAUGGACUCUGAGGAUGAUCUUUUAUUAAAAUGCAUAACAUCUGCUAUGCCAAAGCAAAAGAAGAAACAAUCCAACAGAAAACGGAAAGGAGAGAAAAAGCAAAAACAGAAAACAACUCAACCUCAGAAGGACUCAGAAGUCUGGGGUCCUGGAAAUGAUCAGUACAGUGAUGAUAUGGCAUCUGAUAAAGAUUCCGAUCUUAACAGUGUUGAAUGGAGGGCGAUACAAGAGGGAGCGAAUACAAUAAUCACAAAGUUGCAAGCAUCCAAAUCCCAGGAACCAUCAUCUGAAUCAGAGUCAGUUCUUUCAUUUAUGUCUGGAUCAAGCUUUACCCCAAAACCUGACAUCAAUGAGAAGAAGGUACUCAAAGAUAAAAAGGCUAAUAAGCCACUUGAUUUUGCCCCACGUAAACCAGUUCCAAAUUUGCCUGUAGUUUUCAGAGGCAGAACUGUUAUAUACACACCCAAGAAAGAGACAACACUUUCGCAAAGACCACCACCCAAGAAAGUGACUCCAAAGGAUGCUCCAAAAAAUCCAAACCUUGCUCAGCACCGGUCCAGAAGUCUUCACAGAUUGGGGCGCCCCAAUGAUUCUACUCAACUGUCAUUACCCAAGAGAAGCUCGACUCCUCCUGCCAGGAUCCCAAAAAGCUCCUCUUCAGGAUCAUCUCAAAGUUCAACCCCUUGCAGACAGCCUUACAAAAAAAUAACAUCUCCUACCCAAAUAGUCAAGCAAAGUCCAAAGGUGGCAAGCUCAGCUCCAAGUAGUCCACCUGAGAAGAAAGGAUGUGUUUCCCCACCAAAUCAAAACCCUAAAUCACCUCCCGACAGCAAAACUCAGAAGUCCCCUGUCAGAAUACCAUUCAUGCAGAAUCCAACAAGGCAGUCAAGAGCAAUAUCACCAUUGGUGACCAACCAACCUACUAGUACUAACAGACCGAAUAGCGGCACUCAAAUAACAGGAAGAAGAAUCCUACCAGCUAAUCGACUGGAUUUAGUUCGCAUGACAGCUGCUCAUUCGCGCAGUGGUGAAACAGAUCGUAAUGGCUUCCUCAGACAGUUGACCUUUAUUAAAGAAUCAGCAAAUGUCUCAAGACAAGACAUUCCUGGUUCGCGCUCAGUUCCUACAUCCAAGCAUGGAUCACCUCGAAGGGCACGCCCAGGAGCUCCAGCAGUUUUCCUAUGUUCCUCUCGCUGCCAGGAGCUGAAGCCGACAGCACAGGGUCCCAGAAGAUUGCAGGGGCUUCAAGGGCAAAGAAAUGGACAGGAGCAAGGCAUCCUCAAGCAGAAUAUGACUCUAUCAAGAGCAAAUUCCACCGACAGGGAUCUCACAGUGAGACGUCCUGCCAGGAGAACAAGUUCAGAGAGUCCCUGCAGGAUUCCGCAGAGGAACAUCCCAGAGCCGAAACCAAGGGAGAAGAAAGACGAUACGUUCAAAAGAUAUUCCUCCUCCCCCAGUAUAAACGUCUUAAGCCGUGUCACCAGCCGCUCCUCGCUGCGCUCCUCAUCUUCAGACUCGAGUGGACGAGCUAAGAGUGAAAAGGACAUAAAACAGAAACCGGCACAGAACAGAAACGGGUCACGAAACAGCAACAGCAAAGUCACCUGGAGGAGGAUUCGUGACGAGGACGUUCCCCAGAUCUUAAAGAGCACUCUUCCACCCACCGCACUGCCUCUGGUGCCUUCCCCUGAAGGGCACAAACCAAUGCCUCCUCCCAUGCCAGGAAAACUGCCAACAAUUACUCUGAUCUCACGGAAAACAAGCGAUGCAACAGUUCAAACCGAGGACUUCUCAGCCAACAAAACCAAUUCAAGCACGUCCCCUACAGCGGAGAGCGGCGCAGUGCUUUCAGACGAGGCAGCAAAGAUAGUUCUUCUGAGAAAAAUUAGCCUGACCUCUGGGAAUACCAUUCAAGAUGGAGAUUCUGAUGGAUCCCUCAAGAAUUACAGCACAGCUUCCACCUCAACCUUUCAGUCCGUGGAGAGCAGCCAUAGUGGAGGCGUAGGUCACUUCCGUCAGAGUUGCCCCAGCAAAGCAGUCCGAGUUACCCCAUUCAAUUAUGUUCCCAGCCAAUUGUCAUGUUGCUCCCAAGAAACACAGAGUCAAGCAGCAACAAUACCUGAGAAAUCGGGGGAAAAACUUGAGGCCUAGUGCCUGAAAUGGGUUGGCCACUCACUUGCAAGCUUGGCUUCUGUGUUCCUGAUACUGUAAAAACUCAGGUGGUUUAGUGAGCAACAUCUCUAAUCUCUAAUUUACCUCGGAUACUCAGUCUUGUGCUUGCUAGUUGCAUUGAAAUUUAUUUAUCGGACAAACAUUCUUCAGUCUUCAUUGGCUUUGUAUUUUUACCACUGGAAGUUGGAUGUAGGCAAAUAGGCAUGAACUGUAGUAUCUCAUCGAAUUUCGAGCCAUCGUAUGGAACCUGCCAUCCCUUUUUUUAUAUUUUUGUACAGUUACAUACAUGAACCAUUGCUUGUUUUGUUUUUUGACACUUGGAUCAUCUGAUCAUCUGGGAAAAGGAGUUAAAGUAAGAGUCCAAGUUCUAUAUGAACACAGUCACAGUGUUCUAUAUGAACACGUGAAUGAAUGGACAUUGGCAUACAGCUCUGUAUUCAUAACAAACAAUAUGCAAAUCACCCACGAUCAGAGACUUGAACACUGGACAUGCUGAAAAACUGUGUCUGAAAGCCCUUGACCCCAAAAAGACUGUUACACAGUGCAAACGAUACAAAACACACACAAAUACACACACGCAGACAUUUAUGCAUUCUGUAUUCAUACAGUAUUUCUAGUACGCUAUUUAUGCCACACUGACACUGAUUACAAAAGCCCUUAGCCUUCACUUUUAUUAUUGCAGGUAACAAAGAAAUAAAUACAUUUGUGGUAGAUCAGCCCAAGUCAGCACAGCAAGAACACAAUGUAAUCCUUGUUGGUAUUUAUGGAUGUUGUAUAUAUAUAUUUGCAAAGACUCUAAAUGCUUCCCAGUAAGCAAAAAGUACUCCAAGCACCGCUACUACUUAGCAUGCUCAGUAUUCACCUCGUGUGCACACCUACGUGUUAUCGAUGUUGAAUAAUCUCGUCCCCUGAGGCGUAAAGUAAAACAAACGGAGGAGAAGAAUCAUCUCUGAUCUUUUGAAUUUAGAAAAGGAGAUGUACUUGUUAAUUGUUUAGAAACUGUAUGUAACACACUUAGAUGGCUGUACAUAUUUCUGCUUAUUGAAUGCUUUGAUAAUGUCAUUUUGUGUAUGAUCAGGUACGGUUUAAGUCAUUUGGGGAAGGGACGAUACAGUAGUUGUACUUCUGCAGGUUGUUGAAGAGAAACGAUUUAAGACCGAAAUGAUCAAUGAACUCAACACUGAAUUCCUGGGCCUGUCAUGAUAAUUAUGGUAUUGAUGAAUCGUACAAUAUAUGGACGUGUCCUCAAUUAUUUUUGCUGAUCUGAAGGCUGAUCUCAUGCCUUCUCUUGUACAUGUGCUACUUUUUAGAUCUGUAGGUGCAUCAGCUAUCGUACGCUUGUGCUGAUGAAGAUCAUGCUAGGAAUUAUGUGAGGAGAAAGCGCUAUCUACCCACCAAGAGAUAGUUGGGGCAGUUGAUGGCGAAGCAGCAUAAUUCACGGUUCAAACUGGCGAUCCUCUGAUCAUAGAGAGAGCAUUGUAGUCUCCUGAACUUUUUAAACCUACUAUUAUCAUGAUUCAGUAAUAAUAAUAGUUUAUUUAUUAUGACAGACCUAUGCAUAUCUGUUAAAACAUGUACUUCAACUGCAUUUUAAACAGACCCGCAGUGAUAAAUUCCACCUGAAAUCUUUUGUAACCACAAAUGAACAAUUACAGUAAACUGACAGCUACGACUCUACUAUCUAUAUUAUGAAUGAUGAACAUGCUUAUAUAAAAAAAACAUGCUCUAUCAUUUAAUAUUAUAUGGUAAGCAGAAUUUUUUUAUGUAGCUGUUUCACAUUAGUUGAUGGCUACUUAUUCGAACCACAAUUUUUACCACAAAAGCAUUUAAAAUAGGAUAUGGACGGAUACAAGGGGAAAGUGAUUGAUAAAAUAAUAUACUCAGUAACAUAACAGUACUAAACUCAGAAGUUGCACAGCAAAAUCUGUAUUUACUCAAAAUCAAAGAAGUAUUCCUUCAUAUUGGAUUAACGGGAGAGGUAAAGAAAUUAUACACAGAUCCAUCAGUGAACAUUCAUAAUUACAAUUUAAACUGUUACUGUGUUUUACUAAUAUACACAAUAUAUAGCACUUCCACAAGAACAUACUUUAAUUAGAAAUUGCUGUCCAAAUCAAUGUGUGAGCUCUGUACACCGAAAUGUAAAGUUUUUUUUGCCGAAAGCAAAACUCAGAAUGUGUUGAUGACCAACAGUAUUUCCUAGUGAUGGCCAAGGGUUGAUUUCCAUAAUAAAUGUUCUCAUCAUG